ACACUUGGCAGCUUCAGCAUCGACAAACACCGACAACUUUCAAUUAAAUUGACUGAAAUUGGAAUACAAUUGUGAUAUUCUCCAUUCCUUUGCUUUAUAUCAUAUCACACCAUGCGCUUACUACCGGCGCACCUCAGCCUGCUGGCUCUUGUCGCUCCCUCUGUUUACGCGGCCUCUUGGGGUUUCACUGAUGCCACCGUGUCAGUAAGUUCCAAAUCUGCGACAGGCAAAGUCAAGCAAAGCCUCAAAGAGAAUGCACCUGUUUCGACGCCCAUUUCUCUCGGCGACUCGGACUCCCUUAGAGUUCUCCUCACAGCCCAAGAAGAUCGCAGCGCAAAGCGACCACACCAAGCAUUUUUAUUGUUGAAGGACUCUAGUACUGGCCUAGACGUCUCAUAUCCUUUCAGCGUCAAGAAUGAUGGCAAGUCAAAGGUCGAAUUGAGUAAGAAAGAUAUUCCCACGCAAUUUCUUGCUACGCCAAAUCCUGUCGAUGCCGAAAUUGUAAUUGGCUCGUUUGGUGCUUCCGACGCCUAUCGGAACCUCGCCUUCCAGCUAUCCAUCAACAGCGACGCCAGUGCGCCGGCCGCACCUGACUCUGUAGAGAGAUAUGGAAAGCAGCCCAGGAUAAACCACAUUUUCAAGGCUGACCCCAAGAGUCCGCCACCAAUUAUCACCUUGAUUUUCCUCUUGGCUACUUUGGUCACUAUCCCAGUCCUGGCUGGAAUGUGGAUGUACUUUGACGUGAACCUCUACCACCUCUCUAUCGCCUUAAAAGCCGCCCCGGUCCCUCACAUCGUGUUCGUGGCGUCCAUCAUUGGGUUGGAGGGCAUCUUUUUCAUGUACUAUACAAGCUGGACUCUGUUCCAAAUGCUUCCUGCUACUCUUGCGGUUGGCGCUAUUGCUUUCCUCAGUGGAAGCCGUGCAUUGAGUGAGGUCCAAGAGCGACGCCUAGCUGGGCUGCGAUAGGCACUUUACACAGUACGAUACUGAGGUUGUAGUUGCGACCAAGAGACAUGAAACAAGUUGAUGUUAUAUAUAUAUGAGCGGAUCUCAAAUCAAAAUUGUAUUAGUAUUUUC